AUGACUGCCACAACCGUGGCCAGCGGCAGCGUGCAGAAACUUUCCAACACCAAAGAGGAAAGGAAGUUAAGGAAACCUUUGAUUGAACGAAAACGAAGGGAAAGGAUCAACAAUUGUUUGGACCAGCUCAAAGAGACGGUUGUUGGAGCCUUUCAGCUUGAUCAAUCUAAACUUGAAAAAGCUGAUAUCCUUGAAAUGACAGUCAAGCAUCUCCAGAACAUCCAAAACAGCAAAAUUAUGGCAGAUUCCACAUUGGGCUUGGAAGCUCAGCAGAGAUACAGCACUGGAUACAUUCAGUGUAUGCAUGAGGUCCACAAUCUCCUCCUGACCUGUGAGUGGAUGGACAAGACCCUUGGAGCUCGGCUGUUGAACCACUUGCUGAAAUCUUUGCCCAGAUCGAGUGACGAAACCUGCAAGGCAGACUUGAGGUCUACCACCCCUGGGAGUAGCAAGGGGAAUGCAACAGGGUCCAGCCAGGCUCAAAGUCAGUUCUACCCUGCUGAAGAGAAGCAGGGGUUGAAAAAGCCACAACCGCCCUCACGUUGUAGUCAGCGCGAGUUGUCAUCUCCAAGCCAUUUUGCAUAUAAUGGCGCUAGCAUGGGGUCAUUAGACAUGUGGAGGCCAUGGUAAAAAUGUCUCGAAGAAACCUAACUUCUAAUUUUAGACCCUCUUAUAUGUAUCUUAUAGAUAUGCCUCUUUAAAACACUUUUUGGAGCAAGUCUGCUCCUGUAGGUGUACUAAAGACCAGGGUACUUCAAGCCGAAGUAAACCUCUACGUAGCCUGCAUUGUAGAAGGCUGCUAUUAUUUUGUAUUUAUUUAAUGCAUCUAAAUUAUUUUAUAGAAUCUUCUCUUGGGCUCUUUAGUUUACAUGACUUGAAUAAUGUUCUUUUUGUAUGCUAUUAAAAGAAUUAACAACUGAUUAAU